AUGGUUAGCACCAUGGUUCGAGUCGUAAGUCAAGUCGAGCUCGAGCCACCCUUUGAUGAGCCUUACAAAACUAGCUCACUUCAAGAUUUCUGGGGUAAAAGGUGGAACCUCAUGGUAACCAACAUACUCCAUCCAACCGUUUACGUUCCUGUUCGAUUGAUGAUGACGGAAAGGAUCUCGAGGAAGUGGGCCCCACUUCCAGCUGUCCUCGCGACGUUCUUCGUCUCGGGGCUAAUGCAUGAGCUCAUUUUCUACAACAUUGGAAGACUAAAGCCUAGUGGAGAAGUCACAUGCUUCUUUAUCAUUCAUGGGGUGGCAUUGACACUAGAAAUUGUGAUCAAGAAAUUGUUAAAUGGCACAGUUUUGGUUCCUAAAAUUAUCUCAGGACCAUUAGCAUUAGGAUUUAUAAUUUUGACAAGUUUUUGGUUGUUUUUUCCACCUUUUUUGAGGGGUAAAGCAGAAAUUAAAGCAUGUACUGAAUUUAUUGCUUUCUUAGAAUUUGUUAAGUAUGGUAAACUAGUUAGUCCUUCAAAUAUUACAUGUCCACUAGUACUAUAG